AGAUUCCAUGGCGUGCACAGCUUUCAUGUGCUGAUUCGAGCCACGAAAAGGAUGUGGGUCCACCUUGCGAUCCCUGUUUCGAGGGCUUCGGUGGACCCACAUGGCCCUGCAUAUGACCCGAGCGCUGACUUGGGAUGAGUACUCGGAGAAUCUCCACUGAGAAAUGGCAAUUUCGCUCUGGCUAGCUGGCAGCCUUAGGUUGGCGGCGAAGAUUGGAGUGCUGGGCGUUGCCUUCUGCCGCUGGUACAUAUCUGUCGCAACCUCUCGUUUGAGCAUCCAUCACGCCAACAUUCCUCCAGGGGCGUACUCUCCUCAGCUGUGUACAAGAUCCCUGGAGGAAAUGUCUGCGAGGGAUUUAUUUUUUCUGCUUUGCUUGUUUCUUCCCCGAUUAUUUUCAGCCGGAGCUGUCGACCUCCAUUCGCGAUAGCAGGCUCGAAAGGAUCGGCAAAUUCAGUGACACUGUGUAGGUUCGGACUUGGAGAGUUGUGAAAAAAAUCAUUUCUUCGUAUAGAUUGGAACGUCGGGCAGAACGAGCGGAGCUUUGAACGCUAGAGAAAUUUGUAUGUUCUAGAGCUCAAUUCGACGGGUUGAGUGAUUUUGGUGCGGAAUUUGCGAGGUUUGGGGUCGAGCCCCGAGAAGCGAAACAGAGGGUACGGAGAUGCUCUCUGCAGCGGGUGAAGCAUUGAGAGGAGUGCUGAAGAAGGACGAGUGCGAUGGAGAUUCUUCCGAUGACGACAAAGGGGAGAAGCCCACCAUGUCCGCCGAGCAUUGGGCGCAUGUCAGCCAUCCCGGAUACGAGAAACCUCAAUUCCACCGCCAUUCAGGUUCAGAUGCUGCUGACAAAGUUCCAGCAGCAGUCCAAACCAGUCUUGCAGCGGUAGCUGCGAGCAUCAUCUAUAGUGCAACAGGGAUGAGCCGCUGGGGCCUUGCCGAGCUCACUUUGGGGCUGUACAAGGUCUAUUGUCGGCACACUCAUGAGAAAGUAAUCGACACAAUCUCUGGCUACCAAGUCACUUCCAUUCGGGAGAUGCAGGAUAUUUCUCAUUACCUCAAGUGGGCGAAGGCUGCUUAUAGGGAGAAGACGGAACUGCUGACAGCAGAUUUGGAGGUGGACGAGAAGGACAUCAUCAAGCAUGAAACAACGUCGGCAUUCGGGCAACCUGCUUACUUUGUAGCUCUGAAUCACGCAAAGAAGGCAGUUGUUCUAAGCAUUCGUGGCACCUUCUCGGCUAUAGAUGUAUUGACGGACUUGAAGCCACACAGCGAGAACUUUGGCGACGGGUAUGCACACUCAGGCAUGCUUCAUUCAGCUCAGUGGUUGAAGGAGAAUACUCUGGAGAUGCUGCAGGAGCAUAUGAAAGAGAAGGGCUAUAGACUGGUAGUGACAGGUCAUUCCUUAGGUGCAGGUGCAGCAUCACUGCUUGCCAUGUUACUGAGGAAAACUGAUGAGAAGGGUCUUACUGCGCUGGGCAUACGCCCUGAGCUGAUCACUUGUUGGGGCUUUGGGUGCCCUCCGUGUGUGGACCAAACGACAGCCCAGCAGACCAAAUAUAUCAAAAACAUCGUCCACCAGGACGACAUUGUGGCAAGAAUCAGCCCGGCUGGACUCGAAGAUUUGAGAUCCGAGAUUUUAGAGACCGAAUGGAGUCACGCUCUUGAAGACGGGAGUACGAGACGGAAGAUUGUGGAGCUAGCCCAAUCAUCGGCUGCAGCGCUAGAAAAGCUUGAGCCAGCUCUGAAUCUGGAAAGGGGCCAAUUGUACUCUAAAGUGAAGGACACAGGUUGGUCUGCUUUAAUGUCUGUCGGCAAUGGCUUCGCACAAUCCUGGACUAAAGCUGUGGAGGGCGCUUACGGACCCAGAUACGGGCAAGCGGCCACCAUCAUCAGCAAAGGAGCAGAGAUUGCAGCAAAACAAAUCAACGUCGCCACUAAACAUGUGACAACGACAGUGAAUGGUGCCAUAGAUCAACAAAUGAAGCUCAUAGACCCAGAAAGAAAAGACGCCACGGUGACUGCUUCGAGCAUGGCCGCCAAAGCAGCUGUGGUCACCGAGAAAGAAGAAAAGGCCUUGCUGCUGAAGAACAGGCUCGUCGUUCCAGGGACUCUUUAUCACGUCAUACGAAGGCCUUUAAAGGGCGAUGAACAGCCACCUCCAGAUGAAGUGCCUGAUAAAGAGAAAUGCGCCACCGACACGGCUUACAGGUGGCUGGUGAUUCGAGGUGAUGAUCCCGCUUCUCGGUUCAAGAGGAUAGUCAUUUCCACCACCAUGAUUUCCGACCAUCUGUGCUUGAACUUACAAAACUCUCUCGCCAACGCCAUGAAAUGGCACCUCCAUGUCAUUCAAAAGUAGGUGUCCUUGAAUGUCGAUUUGACUAAUCAUCUUGCAGCUCUCUGAGCGACAUCUAGGGACUAAAGUGGCACGGUCACUGCAAAGACAGAUCAAAAUGUACAUAAUUGCUCGUAUAGAGUGCCUUUACCAGUAAGGGCAAUCCGAAUUCUGGAGGAUUUACUCGAGUUUAAGGUCGUCAACUGUAGGAAGCGAUACGCAGUGGCUAGCUAGGAGGAGAUUAUACAAAUCCAUUAUGGAUGUCUUUCACAUUUACUCAUCCUCUCCAAGAUCAGCUGGAGGAUUGGAUUAGUCAAGAGUCAUCCGUCUGCUUAGAUCCCCUUUGACAAAUAAUUUCAUUAGAGGUUCUCUCGUUUACUUUUGAAAAUUCAGGCCAUCAUGUUGUACUGUUCAAAGAUGUUCCAGAUGGAUGUCCAAGUGUCUUACAUAGAGCAAGUUAACAGUGUUUGCGUAUGGCUUACGCUUUGAUGUUUACGCGCUUCAUCUGAGUAAUGUACGUGUGCUUUUACCGAUAUUUUACUAUCAUUCAGUCACG